CUCUCCCUCUUUCUCUCCCUUUCUCUGUCUCAGUCCUGCUGUCUGGGUCUGUGAGAGUGUGUGUGUUUCUGGGCUUCCCCGACGCCGAGCCGAGCUGAGCUCACACACUCCUGAGCAUUUAAGGACGAGGAAGAGGAGGGCCAUGGAGCACAGCCACAUCUUCACCCUCCUUUCCCCCCCCAACAGCAGUGCCUGGAGCCCGGGGCAGCAGCCGGCCGACACUCCCCAGGGUUGCCCCCUCGGACCACUGCCCGUCAUCUACUACAGCGCCCUGCUCUGCCUCGGCCUGCCCGUUGCCAACAUACUCACUGUCAUCAUCCUCUCCCAGCUGGUGUUACGGCGUCAGAAGUCCUCCUAUAACUACCUUCUGGCGCUCGCCGCCGCUGACAUCCUGGUCCUCCUGCUCAUCGUCUUCGUCGACUUCAUAUUGGAGGACUUCAUUUUGGGCGCGCCCCUUCCCCCCUCCCUCAACAAGGCAGUCCAGGUCCUGGAGUUCUCCUCCAUCCACACCUCCAUCUGGAUCACGGUCCCCUUGACCGUUGACCGUUAUAUUGCAGUCUGUCACCCGUUGAAGUAUCAUAGCGUUUCCUACCCGGCCCGCACACGGCGGGUCAUCAUGGGCGUCUAUAUGGGGUGUUUGGUGUCUGCGGCGCCUUACUACUGGUGGCCUGAGCUGUGGCAUGGUUUACCUGGAGGUGGUACAGGAAGUGGAGGAAGGGGGAGUAGUAGUAGUGCUGCGCAGCAUGUGCUGGUCUGGGUGCACUGUGCGACUGUCUAUCUCCUCCCCUGCUCCGUCUUCUUCUCCCUCAAUGCAAUGAUCGUCAGGAAGCUCCAGCGCCGUCGCAGCUGCUUCCGCCUGCGCGGCUACUCCACGGGCAAGACCACCGCCAUCCUACUCGCCAUUACUUCCGUGUUUGCCGUCCUCUGGGCACCACGCACCGUCGUGAUCCUUUACCACCUGUACACGGCGCCGCCGGCGUCCCCGGGUCCCGCCCGCCUUCUGCACCUCCUAACCGAUGUGGCGAACAUGCUAGCUCUCCUAAACACCGGGGUCAACUUCUUUCUCUACUGUUUCAUCAGCAAGCGUUUCCGGACCAUGGCGGCCACGGUUCUCCGGACGUUGUUCCGAUGCCGUAAGCAGCCGCCGCCGUUCUACGCUGGACACAACUUCUCUAUCACCAGUAGCCCCUGGAUCUCCCCUGCCAACUCCCACUGCAUCAAGAUGCUGGUAUACCAGUACGAUAAGAACGGCAAGCCCAUCUGCAUCUCCUCGUGAGGAGGGAAGUGUGGAGGGUUUCCCUGACGACCGACCUUGAUGAUGACCCGAUUCUGGGACUCUUUGAGCUUUUCAAAUGUCAACAGACAUUUAGAGUGGAGGGCUGGAAAGGUGGAGGAGAGGAAAGGAGAGUUAGAGGAGAGGUGAUGAGAGGUGGAGGAGAGGAGAUGGAGGAGAGGAGAGGAGAGGUGGUGGAGAGGAGAGGUGGAGGAGACAAGAGUUAGAGGAGCGUCUGAGAAGAGGAGACAGAAAGAUAUGUGGUUGGUGUAUGAAUACGCAACAAUCUAUCUAUCUAUCUGAAGUGAGAGAAAGAAUGUUUGAGAAUAAGAAGAAGAAGAAAAGUUGAGAAAUCAAGUAGGAAUGUUGCUGAGCACAAACAGCAGAACAGAACUCACAACCCAGCAACAGUGUGUUGAGAACCAUCUCUCCACUCGUUCAUGCGGAAAAGCAAUCUAACAGACUGAUCAUUCAGCCUGGAUAACUGCCUGUCUUUUUGACUGUAUUACUGCUCCGACAGUGUCUGACGAUGAGCUUUGACUGUGAUCAGGGACUGAUAAACGAGCAUCAUGGCGGCUGCUUAUUACUGGGUUUUAUAGCCAGCCAUUUGAAAAUGGGAAUGGAGAGUGACAACUGAGGAAUUCCUCUGUGACAUAUCAACCUCGCUUUGACAUUGGGACGUUUUUGGUACUGUCUCUGAUAUACUGCUGUCGACGGAUGGGGAGGAGGAGGUGAUGGGGGAGGGACGGUGGGAGGAUGAGGGAGGCUCUGAAUCUGAACAGAUGGCCAUCAUCCAACGGGAGCCCUCUCGAGUCAAAGAGUUCAUCGCAGAGACACUCAGCGAGAGAAACCACUCACCUUUGAAGAGGUACCCGUGGCAUUGAUGCUCAAGUCUUUAGUGAUGGCCUUAGAUUAUUUGAUUCACAAUCACUACUGCUGACAUUUCCUGUUAAUAUAUAGUGGGUAUCAGAGGUGCAUUAGACAUUACAGGAGACUUUUUAUUAAAAAACGGAUCUGUGGAUGUUAAGAGUGAAUUCAUCAAAGGUGGAAGGGAUUGGGAAAGAACCAUCCAAUCAGGAGCCAUCUCACAGGUGUUGUUAAGGAUAAGUAGGAGCUGCCUGUUGUUGUCAUGGUGAAGGAUUAUGGUAGACUUAACUGUUAGAUCAGUGUUCUUUUAUACCGAUCUUGACGACACAUACAUGUGCAGGUUUUUGUUCUAGCCCAGUACUAACACACUUGAUUCAGCGAAUGAACUGAUCAUCAAGCAAUUUGAGUGGUUGAAUCAAGGUGUGCUAGGUGUGUUAGUGCUGGGACCAGGAUUGAAGGAGAUUGUUGUAGACGCACAAAAAUAAAGCAAAACAAUUACAGCAAAAUAAGUAGAGGUUCCAUAGGAUCAGUAAUCUUGUAACCAUGGAUUCCACAAUUUUAAAAGGAGGACAUUACUACCAUUUUAAAGAGUCUUCAAUUAAAUAUUGGUUGUCUUUGAUGAUUGUCUUAGUCAUAUUAGAAUGAAUGUAUUUGUGCAGCUCCUCAGACCCUUAACUUUAUAUCACUGACUAGAUCGUGUGUGAGUGUGAGUGUGAGUGUGUGUGUGUGUGUGUGUGUGUGUGUGUGUGUGUGUGUGUGUGUGUGUGUGUGUGUGUGUGUGUGUGUGUGUCUCUGUCUGUAUGUAUGUGAGAGAGCAAGAGAGGGAGAGAGACAGGCAGAGAGAAAGAGAGAGAUAGAGAGAGUAAACGAGAGUUAAUUAAUCAAUAACGCCAGAGGUAUGGUAUAUGGACAAUAUACCACGGCUAAAGGGUUGUUCUUAUGCACGAUGCAGAACGGAGUGCCUGGACACAGCCCUUAGCCCCUCAGCCGUGGUAUAUUGGCCAUAUACCACAUACCCCCGGGGUGCCUUAUUGGUAUUAUAACCAGAUUAACAAUGUAAUUAGAACAGUAAAAAGCCAGUUUAUUCUCACUCUCACCCUCAUAGCUGUAUAUUUCUAUUCUCUCUUCAACCCUCCUCUGUCUGACUGGCACGAGGGUGAGAAAUCAGAUGACUGAGAAACUGUGAAUUUAUGUAGCCACGACAACUCAUAGAUCAACUGUGUUCUGUCCUGCCCAGAAACAACCUAUAAAACCAGCCAGGUUGCUCACGAUUGACUGCGAAAUUUGAAGUCCGUCCAGGUAACCAGGACGUCAGUAGAAGACUUAAAAACCGUCCGCUAGGGGUAAUGGUGAGGGCUAUUACCAUCAUGUAGGCUUGGGUUUUGCUAGGGCAAUGUGGAUGGGGAUGGGGGAUGGCCGUGUUCGAUCCAACUGCUAGGUUAUAAGCCUAUCCCAAACCUUAACCCUUACCUUAACCAUUCAGAAUU